AUGGGAAGACCAGUUUAUUUGCAGGCUGACCCCGAUGAGGAUUUAUUGUUCUGGAGACUUAGCCAAGGUAGCACUCGUGAAAGGUACAUAGGACCGACCCACGUUGUUGGUCUUGCUUCGGACCGAGAACCGCCACAUUUUCUGGUCGCACCCCUACCCGUAGGCUUUGCUGAGAGGAGGGGACCCGCAUACCCAAGUAGCCACCUUCGCACUACGACACCUCCCCCACAGCACAUUGCCUAUACCCUAGCUGUGGACUUUACCGACGAUGCAUCAUACUUAGAGGUGCCGAUACGGAUUACUGGACGGGAAUUUUGGGGUUAUGAUCGUGAUACUCCUGUUUACGUAGUCCAGGUAGUAUGGAGCUGCUUUGGAGUGGAGCUCAGUAGGUGGGAGUUGGAGUCCAUCAUGCAGAAUGAGUUUCCGGGGUUAUUUCAUGGGCCAGUGUUCCGAAGCCAGUUCUCCUGGUGGCCUAACGGUCCAUUCUAG